GCCAGGGCAGCCAUCCAAAUAAAUCGAAGCAGGCGGCCAGCUCAGUACGCGAGCGAGCGCUGCCCGAGACACUCGCGAGCCCCGUGCCGUCGGCUUGUGUGCGGAGCGGAGCUGCGAAGUCCUGCGAGCUGGUGGCCCCCACAGCCAGGCCCUGGAGCAGCACGGCCAGAGGACUGCCCCGGAGCAGAGGCCGAGACAGGGGGGAGGACGCGACGCCCGGCCCUGCAUGACCAGAAGAUGCCUCUGGAUGCCUGCGGAGCGGCCGAAGAGGAACGGUCGCCACAGCGACGCCGCAGUUGAACGAAACUGAUGAUCCGCGCAGCAAGAAACAGAAUUCGGACCGAAAUGCUCCCCGAUCACGCUGGCCACUGCCUCGAGGGUCGUCCGAGUCCCACAGCCAGUCCUGCCAACAUGGUGAAGACUUUCCAGGCUUACCUGCCGCACUGCCACCGCACGUACUCGUGCAUCCACUGCCGCGCGCACCUGGCCAACCACGACGAGCUCAUUUCAAAGUCGUUCCAAGGAAGCCAGGGGCGCGCAUACCUCUUCAAUUCUGUAGUGAACGUAGGGUGCGGACCGGCGGAGGAGCGCGUGCUUCUCACCGGCCUCCAUGCCGUCGCCGACAUAUACUGCGAGUGCUGCAAGACGACGCUCGGCUGGAAAUAUGAGCUGGCCUUCGAGUCGAGCCAGAAGUACAAGGAGGGCAAGUACAUCAUCGAGCUGGCCCACAUGAUAAAGGAGAAUGGGUGGGAAUGAGAAUUGUGCCGGCCCCGCGGUACUCAGCGAGGGCCGGGCAACCAAGACAACCAGGACGACGACCCCUUGGCGGACAGCACCGAGUGCGUCCCGGGCCCGUCGACCGGCUACACCGCCCCGCCGCCGGGGCCCCCCGU